CUAUAAAAGACCCGGUUGCUAUUUUAUACUCCCGGAGUCGCUUAUGCUUGAGGGGAUUAGGGUGGGGCUAGGUGCGCAUGCGCUGUGCUCCUACUCCGCCCCAAACUGCCAACUCUUCGCCCCAGCGAGGUAGGGCCCCCGCCCUGCCUGGUUUGACGCGUGCGCAGUCACGGAGCCUGGCUCCAGAAAACCACCUGCGCCUGCGCGGUGAGGACUACGGUGACAGUACCCCGGGGUGGGGCGCGGCGAGGCAAUCAUGGCGGAGUCUUGGACUGGACAGUCUUUGCAGGCUCUGCCGGCCACGGUGCUGAGCGCUCUGGGCGCCCUGGGCAGCGAGUUCCUGCGGGAGUGGGAGGCUCAGGACAUGCGGGUGACCCUCUUCAAAGUGCUGCUGCUGUGGUUGGUGUUAAGUCUCCUGGGCAUCCAGCUGGCGUGGGGUUUCUACGGGAACACGGUGACCGGGUUGUAUCACCGCCCAGGUCUAGGCGGCCAGAACGGAUCCACCCCUGAUGGCUCCACACAUUUCCCUGCUUGGGAAACGGCAGCCAAUGAACCUCUCAAAACCCAUAGAGAAUAAGGCCAAGCAAAGAGGUCUCCAGGAUACAGGCCUGGGUCCACUGGUGCCUGUAGCAACUCCUGCAAUUUCCCAGAUACAAGGGGCAACAUAGAAUGCUCAACCUUGACACCAGGAGCGCCCAGGAAUGCAGGGCUGGGCCUCCACUGCCCCUGACCCGGCCUCCAACAGCCCUAGGCACUGGGCAAGGGAAGAGGUACCUUAAAGAGACGAGGCGUGUUUGUUUUCUCCAGGGUCAGAGCACCAGGAGCCACUGCCUUUGGGUUGAGGAGGCCAACAGAGACUUUUUUCCGUCUAGGCUCUUCCCUGUCCCUCUUCUCAUUCCACCGAGAUGUGGCCCCACAAAUAUUUGUCCCUCUGAGAGGAAAUCUGAUUGAUUAACUCAGACUUCUAAGGGAAGACUAUUCUCCCCUAAACCCUGUGUUUUCUGGAUUUUUUUGUUUGGAUUGGCAAGGAACCAGGAAGUCCUGCCCUAGACUAGGACUUCUAUUCUGUGGUUAUUCAUCUGGCCAUUCAGGUAUAAAGUGAUGUGUCCUGGCCCAACUGGAGUUCUCCGCUGUGUGAGCCAGGCAAUAGAAGUAGUCAUAUCCUGACUGUCCCAGUCAUAGUUCUUUGUUCUUCUUGUGGGUGUGGGGAAGUCUGGGUACCGCCCACUAGUUGAGCCCCUGGGGUGAUGACCUGCCCUCUCUGCUUCAGUGCCCCUGG